GCUGUAGGAAGGGUCAACUGUAAUUGAUUGUGUGGAAAAACUUGAAAUUGUUGCGAUAUUUUGCCUUCAUUACUCAUUCUGACAGAGCUCAUUUGAUGUGACAUUUUUAAGGUGUGUGUAAAAUGUGAUUUUAAACCUGGGAGUCAAGUCAUUGUUGAGUAGUGAGACACGAGCGUAUUAGCCAGGUAAGUUCCCACAAUGAAGCCCCCGUGUUGUCCAGGUGUGUUAGACACUCGGCUUAUGGACACACAUCACUGCGUCUUCGCGGUUUAAAAACUUACAGAUCAUUUUAAGAUCCUGUGUGGCUUAUAAAGAACCCGUUGUCUAGUGGGCCAUAAUUCAACAUUGGGUAAGUGAUCGUGAUUUUUGUGUGUGAGUGGUCAAUGUCAAAGUUAUUGGUGGAAAAGCCUGCACGGGUCAAAACCUUAGUGUGUUGUCUUUAACUUAAAACUUAGAUCAGAAUAUUGUGAUAAGGAAGUCGAUUCAAGCGAUUACCAGUUUGUUGACGAAAGACCACAAGAAGUGAAGAGAGGCACCGGGGGGGGGGUAUCAAACAUUCUGGGAGAACUUGUCACAGCAACCACAUUUCCACACGAAGCACUAGGUCGGAAAGUGUUAUAAGCGGUCGUUUAUACACCAGAUUGAUAAAUCGUUUAAACAUUGUUAAAAUAUUUUCACCGGGUUAUUGUUUUUCCCGUCCCCCAAAAUCCAAUGGAUUGUUAUCUUUCUAACCACGGCAUAGAACUCCAAGUAUAAUGUAAGUAUUGAAAGGUGAUGUUUGGGCUCUCUUCUGGUUGGAAUUAGACCCACUCGGGUCGUAACUGGCAACAUUCUCGUUGUAACUAAUCACACUCUGGCUGUAACUGACCACAAUAAAAGUGGGUCAAGAGGGAAUCUAGAGUAGGCCAAAUUUUGGCCAGGAGAGAGUUAAGAGCGGAUCAAGAGUUGGCCAAGAGUGGGUCAAAGAGUGGGUCAAAAAGUGGGUCAAGGAAGGUGACCUCAUGACGAACAACGAGGCGCCACAUGCUCCCUUGAACCUGGACCGACCCCCCCCCAUCCCUCCUUUACAAUGAACAGCACCCCCAUGAUGGGAUCAUUUAUCGAGUAAGGACUUACAAUUUCAUUACUCCAUACCCUAGACAGCACACAUUGUAAAGAGAGGUCAGUGAAUACACGUCUUAAUGGAAGAAAUGGUCUUUAAGAAUCGAGCAGACUCACCUUUAAUUAUUACCUUCCUGACAACCAGGGGCGUCAUUUCAGGAGUUUUAAUGUGGGUGAGGGUCAAAAUCAAAACGUGGUCGGCUUGUCAAGUUUUUUUAUUACUGGAGGCGCUACAGCACAAUUCAAUUUAAAUAAGUCCUGAAAAUUCAAGGGAUUUGGGGGGGGGGGGAGGGGGAAUGCCCCACCUGCCCUACCCAAAUGACGCCCAUGCUGAAAACCAGCUUUUUUUUUUUAUUACUGGGGGCGCUACAGCACAAGUCAAUUUAAAUAAGUCCUGAAAAUUCAAGGGAUUUGGGGGGGGGGGGAGGGGGAAUGCCUCACCUGCCCUACCCAAAUGACGCCCAUGCUGAAAACCAGCUUUUCUUCUUCUUCACUUUAUCACCCUUGUCUCAUUUUUUAAAAUUUAUCAUUUUGUAACUAUGGAAAACAGUUUGAUCAAAAGUUGGUUUUCAAAAAGCAAGAGUUUUUUUUUUUUGCUGACAUGUCAGAUGUCACACUGUCCAUCAAGACGUACUUCUUCUGUCUAGUUGAGGCAGCUUACAACGACCCGUGAUUAACAGCAAUCCAAUCAAUUUUUUAUGUCUACAUUCUAAUAAGUAUCAUAAUCACGUGACCCCACAGGCCUUGACCUCUUCAAACCCUGGUCCUCUUUUCAAAUUGUUUCGAUACGAAGAUGUCCAGUCAUUUAACUUGGCAUAUGGCAAAAAUAGUGCGGCCAUCCAGUGCAGUGUCAUCGUGACAAACAGUGCUGUCACUCAGUAUGGCUAAAUAGUGCCGUCACUCAAUGCUGGCGUAUGGCUAAAUAGUGCCGUCACUCAAUGCUGGCGUAUGGCUAAAUAGUGCCGUCACUCAAUGCUGGCGUAUGGCUAAAUAGUGCUGUCUCUCAGUGCUGGCGUAUGGCUAAAUAGUGCUGUCCCUCAGUGCUGGCGUAUGGCUAAAUAGUGCUGUCACUCUGUGCUAGCGUAUGGCUAAAUAGUGCUGUCACUCAGUGCAUGUCAUCGUUAUUUUUAUUUUAGAAACUUAUAAUUUAACUGUUAACACUGCAGGUCACAUACUUUUUUCACCUGCUGCUAAUGUCAGUUUACAGAUGGGAUUUUUAGAGGCGACUUUAUCCAAAAAAAAAAUGAAAUAUUGUCCUAAUAAAUGAACAAAUUCUACUACAGGGUAACUGUUACUAAAACAAACUAUGUCUCUCAUUCGCUAUCUUUCUCUCUCUACCCGUUCUCUCACUCUCUCUACCUGUCUCUCACUCUCUCUACCUGUCUCUCACUCUCUCUACCUGUCUCUCACUCUCUCUACCUGUCUCUCACUCUCUCUACCUGUCUCUCACUCUCUCUGCCUGUCUCUCUCUACCUGUCUCACACUCUCUCUACCUGUCUCUCACUCUCUCUACCUGUCUCUCACUCUCCCUGCCUGUCUCUCUCUACCUGUCUCUCACUCUCUCUCUACCUGUCUCUCACUCUCUCUACCUGCCUCUCACUCUCUUACUCAUUCUCACAUUUCCUUAUCACUUUUUGUAGAUCUAACUAUUUCUAAACUUCUCUCUCCUUCUCUCUCUCCUUCUCUCCUUCUCUCUCUCUCUCUCUCUCUCUCUCUUUCUCUCUCUCUCUCUCUCUCUCUCUCUCUCUCUGAUAAGGACUAAGCACACGUGGAAGGGGCAAAGAACCCCGCAUGAUCCCGCCAAUACCUUUGAUGAUCUGUUUAAUCUCAGCGUCAUCAGUCUGGGCUUUUCCUCGAGGCUUAUCUCCGUGUCUGUGAGUUAACCUUAAGUCUGUGGCCUGGGCUGGGAGAUAAGCCUCACGGAGCUACUUCUGGAUACACGACCUUUGACAACGAAGUAAAAUGUUCAGUCUGACAGGAAGGCACACAGAGGCGUAUCCAAUUAUAAAUAUCGAUUGGGCAAUGAUAUUUGUAUUUUGUUUUUUCCUCUCCAGACAUUCAAACCUCAAGCAUAACUCACGAAUUGAAUUGAAUGUCACAUGUCAAAUUCUUACGUAACAAUGUGUCAUAAUCACAGCCAAUCUGGUUUAGGCAGAAAAAUACGUGUUUGAACGUCCCCUCACACUGACCUCCCACCCACCCCCCCUGUUAUCUAUGUAACAACUACAUACAUGUAGCCAUGGGCGCCCAUACAUGUAGCCAUGAGCGCCCAUACAUGUAGCCAUGAGCGCCCAUACAUGUAGCCAUGAGCGCCCAUACAUGUAGCCAUGAGCGCCCAUACAUGUAGCCAUGAGCGCCCAUACAUGUAGCCAUGAGCGCCCAUACAUGUAGCCAUGAGCGCCCAUACAUGUAGCCAUGAGCGCCCAUACAUGUAGCCAUGAGCGCCCAUACAUGUAGCCAUGAGCGCCCAUACAUGUAGCCAUGAGCGCCCAUACAUGUAGCCAUGAGCGCCCAUACAUGUAGCCAUGAGCGCCCAUACAUGUAGCCAUGAGCGCCCAUACAUGUAGCCAUGAGCGCCCAUACAUGUAGCCAUGGGCGCCCAUACAUGUAGCCAUGGGCGCCCAUACAUGUAGCCAUGGGCGCCCAUACAUGUAGCCAUGGGCGCCCAUACAUGUAGCCAUGGGCGCCCAUACAUGUAGCCAUGGGCGCCCAUACCAUGUAGCUGAAAGUUCAUUACCACGUAUCGCGAACGUUAAGAUUUAAUCAUCAACUGCAAACAAUUACUUAGACAUUUUGUGGCGUAGCCUGUAGCAUGUAGCAUGUAGCAUGUACAUGAUAGUUAGCAAACCCUAGUCCAGGAUCUUAGUUACUGUUCACCUGCCACGAUAUUGUUGUGCUUAGACACAAAGUCUCUCAUCGACGUAUAUCGACCAGUGCAUUCAAUCUUAAAGAUAGUUACUGCAUAGAUAUAAUUAAUUUCUUUCUAUUUUAAAAAAAUGCAAAGUCUGUUGAAUAAAAUGCUCCCGUAUCCCAUGAAUCUGGUCUGUGUUUCAGCUUAUAAUUUUUGCAAGCGAUGUAAUUUGAAACUAUUUUUCUAAAAAAUAAACAAAUGGAAACUACCAGAUUACCCUUUAAACACCUAUUUUAUAAUUUUUUUUUUAAAUUUUUUAUCUAUCACAAAAUUGUUGAUUUUAAAUUAGUUAACUAAAAAAUGUAAAAUUUUCCUUUCAGGCUGUUAUGGUGUAUUUUGUCAACUAACUUUGUCAUGGCUUUAAUUUGUAAACGCGUGAUCACAAACCUCAUUUGUUCGCACUUGUUGUAUCAGUGACUCGAAUGUCUCAGUGACUCGAGUGUCUCAGUGUGACACGGGUGUAAGAUGACAACAUGACACACUUUACCCUGUUCGUCGUCUUACCACUCCAAGAGAUAUGCUCCUUGAGGAGUCUCCCCAGCGGAACCACAAUCAGAGAUGUCCGGAACAGACUCGAAAUGGCCGCUGGACUUCCUGGCCAGGUUUACAAGCUGACCAGCAGCAAUGGCCAGGUGCUUCACGAAGAGUGCGAGUUGAUUGUGGGUCAAAAUGUGUGGGAUGGCUUCAUCGUACGGGUGCAGCUGUUGAACAGUUGGCAGCCAAUGUAUGACGCCGUAACAUCGGGAGAUGUGGAUUGGUUGCUGAGGUAAGUUUACAUGUAAGCUAUACAACACAUUCUUCGGGAAAUUUGUCAUGAUUGAUGGAGUAAUGCUAUGGGUAAAUAUAAAAACUAACAAAUUUGUUUUUUAAUUGUCUCUUUUAAACAACUGUUAAAAUUACCUCGUGCUAAUUAAUUAGAGAUUUGUUUUUAAAAAAAACUUUGAAAUUGACUUACUAGAAACGGCGCCAUUAGUAUGACUCAAGUUGACGAAGAUGACGUGGACAAAAGUCAAGUGUAUGACGUCGUCGAGGAGAGAGGAGCCGUGGCUCUCUACCUGGCCAGUUGGAGGGGAUCAGAUCACACGUGUCAAGCGCUACUGUCCGCAGGUGGGUCACGGUGGGUCACAACGUCAGCCUGCCGUUUCGCAGGUGCAUGAGAAUGGGUUUAAUUAUUGGGAGUUUAAUGAUUGUGGGUCUAAUGAUUGUGGGCUUAAUGAUUGUGGGGUUAAUGAUUGUGGUUUUAAUGGUUUAAACCUUAAAUAAAGUCAUUUUUAAAUAAAGUCAUGUUUAAAUGAAGUCAGGUUUAAAACUGGAUAUGGACUAUAAUAUCAAGGGUCUAUACGAAAUUGUCGACUUUGCUGUCUUUCACUCCUACUCUACGUUUUGAAACUUUGAAGCCAUUAAGGUUCAAACUUCAAUUACAACAAUCAACCGUUGCAAGGUUUAGAUUUACAAUAAAUGAUUAUAUUAUUAUGUUUAUUUUGAUCGAUUUUUUUUCUCAUUUAAGUGUUGUUGUUUUUUUAAACUAUUUUAAACAGGGGUCAACCCAAAUGGCCGGACACCAUUCCGACGAACAGCGAUAUUCGCAGCCGUCGCCAAGGACAACGAUCGCGUCUUGGAGGUUCUCCUGAAGCACGGCGCAAAGACGUCCGUCAAAGAUUACAACGGUGAGACGGCUCUGGACGUGGCGAGGCGAGGAUUCUCGAGGCUGUGCGUCAACGUCUUGAGAUCCUUUCAACUGCGGAAUGGGGGGACGCUGGUACCGUCCAGGAGCAACGGGGUCACCUUGUCUUCUCCUAGGAGCAGGUCGCCCGGCAGCUCGUGCAACCUUUCUUUUCACCAACAUGGUGGGCGUGGUCAAAGUGAAGACGACCACUCCCCGCGAGGGGACAGGGAAGUGACGUCAGGAAAUUGCCCAAGGACGAAGAAGGUUAACGGAAUCUUCAGACCUCGUUCUGGCGUUUCCACAUCCAGCAGUACAGCACGGCGUGUGAAAUUCCAUGACGAGGUACUGAACGUUAGACUUAACAUUUGUAACGGAGAUCCCACAACUCCCGAAGCUCAUCGUCAAAAGUAUUCUAAACCUUCCCUUAGAAAUCAGCAGACGCUCCCCCAGGGGCAAUCUAUCAUUCCUAGGACCCCCAAUGCUGCUCAGCUAAGAGUAGCCGUUCCUUCUCCAAGAAAGCCACUGGAAUUAUCGAACGUGAUUACGUGGAAUGAGGGUCAGUGUUUAGAUUCUGAAUUCCUGACAGUUAGAUCAGCGUUUAGAGAAGGUAAAGUAUCGGUACCGGUGAAAACGUAUGGACAGAUGUAUGCUCCAGAGCAAGACAUUCUGAGCGACACCACAAAUGCUGGUGAUCACUCCUUGGGGGACUCUUUCUCGGCAUCCAACUUCAAUGAAAACAAUCACAGGAGCUCCGAAGCUGCUGAAAUCAACGUGUCAAUGACUUCGUUACGCAUCGAUGACGCCUCUUCUCUGACCAAUGACAGCACAUCGUCAAUGAAGGACGCGGAUUCUCGGAGUGUUACCAGCGACCCUAAGGUCACCAACGGGCGGGUCAGCAGUGCAAGAAGCUGCCCAGGAAGCUUAGGAACAAUUCAAAGGCCGAAACUGUCGACCCGCAUAGGAUCCUCUCCCCCCUUUGGCAGAAAUAAGUAAGUGCAUCAGACAGGUGAUAAGUGAGUUGCCUGCAUGUGUAAGAUAUACACACGUAGUUUUUUUUUUUGCUGUGGCUCUUCAUUGCCGUGGCUCUUCAUUGCCGUGGCUCUUCAUUCCCAUGGCUCUUCAUUCCCGUGGCUCUUCAUUGCCGUGGCCCUUCAUUCCCAUGGCUCUUCAUUGCCGUGGCUCUUCAUUGCCGUGGCUCAUCAUUGCCGUGGCCCUUCAUUAACCAAACCUUUUCAUGUCUGAGAUAUUAUUUUUGUAUUUGGACCUUUUCGAAACUGUCAUUGUGAUUUAAGCCGUUUGGUUAUCGGAACUGCAUGUGGGAUUUAUUUCUUUGCUCAUCUGUUGUCAACAACUCAGAGUUGAAAUUCCCAUGGAUUCUAUUUAUCUUUCAGAGCUGAAAGAUUUUAAUUCAAUUUUUUUUCAAACUUAACUGAUGAUCAGACAUUUCAGCACGCAUCCAACAGACGAAGGCAAAGUAGAAAACAGAAAUCAGUGUAACUUAAAACGUUGUUCGUUCAACAAAAUUCAAGUCCGUAAUGUUUUGUCAACUGUAUUUCAUUUUAAAUAUUUUUUUCACCCCGAAAUAUGCUGUCUUUUCGUCUCUAUGGCAACGGUGGGUAAAUGUUUCUAACAGAUCUUCCUGAAUUUACCAUUAGUCUCAACGCCCAUAUUAUUAACGUAAGAAAUCAUCUUGUUUGUAUUAAAAAAAAAUAUAAAAAAAAGUUCAAGAAAGGAGAGUUUAUUACAAUGUUUGAAAUUAAUUUAUUUCAGAAAGCGAAAAGAAACAAGCAAAUCUUUGGAUGACACGAAGAGGGCAAAGGUUAGAAUUCACUUAGCCGAACAGAGUAAACGCCAAUCAACGGCGGCUUUAAAAAGAGCGGAAUCCUUUGAAAAAUGGCUCCAUCGAAAACGACAGCAAGAAACGAACGACUCGGGGUCGAGCGACUCGGCCAGUGAAUCUGACGGUGACAGCGACGAGAAAAACGACGCGGCUUUUAACAGCUGGUUGAAAAAGGUUCGCGAAAGACCAAAAAGCAGAACCAGUCACCAGACUCCUGGGAAGUUUGACCCUAGAAAGCCGCAGUCUGUUCAAGGAUUGGUUGGCAUGGCAAGCGUUCCCGCGAGACGACCCACGGGGAUAUCCGAAGUUUCUUCGUACGUGAAUGAAUUCAAAGCAUGGAAAAAACGGCAGAGUCACAACACGGACGUUUGCAGGACGCUGGACGCCGAUGAGGCGAAGAGGCGCCUCGAGGAGAAGCGCCAACAGCUGCUGGCCAUGGCGAUAACCUUUGACGAAUGGAUGGCUCACGCCGAGGAAAGGAAAGUGAUGCUGGAGGUGAUUCUGAAAGCGGACGAACAGAGGCUGGAUGAGAUUAAGAAGAUGAAUUUUGCAAAACGACUGGAGAAGAACAUAUCCUUUCAACAAUGGCGACAGAAGCUGGAAAAACGAGAACGGUUACAAAGGGCUUUCAACCUGCGCAUGCGCAUUGAGGAGGCGCGUGAAGGUCAAAGAAACGCCACGAGUCGCAGUAGCGCCGCGAUUACGCACGACGAGUGGUUGUCAAGGCAACGCUUACAGGGCGCCGAUGGUCGCCAAAAUACAAGACAUUCAUGAUUAGCUUUUCAACCAAAAGUUUGAUAUUGUGUUUUCUGAUGUUUUCUUUUCAGGACAAAUUGAUGUGAGAUUACAAAUGGUGUUAUUUCAAUUAAUGAUCAAUGUCUGCCCAAUACUUGCUAAAAUUGUAACUGAAACGAUUGCGUUAAAGAGGGGUGAGUAAAAAGACCAUUGAAUUAGACAACUGAUGUAGACAUACCGAACGCAAGAUCUGAGUUGAAAAUUUACAUGACUGACCUCAGGGUCUUUUAGUUAAACUCUCCAAACACAAAUAAAUUUAACCUCAUCCGCAAACGAGACUACAAAGGAAUGUUUCAAGCAAGGCUUUGG